GGGAUAGUACCAGCUUACACUUGCUUCUGACACAACUGUGUUCGCUAGCAACCCCACAAACAGACAACAUGGGAUUUCUGACUGCUGAGGAGAAGGGUCUGGUCAAUGGCCUGUGGGGCAAGGUGAACGUGGAUGAAGUUGGCGGUGAGGCCCUGGGCAGGCUGCUGGUUGUCUACCCCUGGACUCAGAGGUUCUUUCAGUCCUUUGGGGACCUGUCUUCUGCUGAUGCCAUUAUGGGCAACAGUAAGGUGAAGGCCCAUGGCAAGAAGGUGCUGAACUCCUUCAGUGAUGGUCUGAAAAACAUUGACGACCUCAAGGGCGCCUUUGCUAAGCUCAGCGAGCUGCACUGUGACAAGCUGCACGUGGAUCCAGAGAACUUCAGGCUCCUGGGCAACGUGCUGGUGUGUGUGCUGGCCCACCACUUUGGCCAUGAAUUCAACCCCCAGGUGCAGGCUGCCUUUCAGAAGGUGGUGGCUGGUGUGGCCAAUGCCUUGGCCCACAAGUACCAUUGAGGUCAUGGCCUAUUUUCUGGUGACCACUGGAAGAACCUAGUUCCCUAAAUUCGAUCUUCUGAACUUGAUGAAAUAAUGUCCACCUUCAAGGGUAUGACUUCUGUCUAAUAAAGAACUUUAACUCAA